CGCCUGACCGCACCCCGCACGUCGCCUCCCCCACGUCUUCGUCCCGUCCAACAACGUACCAUCUUGAAUCUUCUUCCCCUAGGCUAGCUAUAUACCUGCUCUUAUCCCGCUCAGCCAUGGCCAUGAUGGGCAUCAUAGCGCCGGAGACGGCGUACGAGACGGAGGCCGUGUCUCCGGCCACAGCCAGCGCCGCCGCGGGCGCGCCGCAGCGCAGGGGCUUGCUCCGGAGGAUGAUGCCGCGGGGGCACUACUCGCCCGUCGGCGCCGACCAGAAGACAGACCCUGGAAGGGCGCCCGAGGUGGCACCGAUCGCUGCCCGUGACUCGGAUGUCGCGGAGAAGCCGCGCCGCGGCUGGCUGCGGCGGCUGGUAACGCAGCGGCGGCGCUGGAAGAAUCUGGGCGGCGCCAGCGCGUCGAGGCUGGCCGGACUGUCGCGAUCGCUGCGGUGGAAGCGGCUGUCCGUGAACCUGAGGGGCAGCUGGGCGUCGGCGCUGCUGGACACCGUCGCGUUCCGCGUCAUGUACGUGGUGGAAGCCAUCGUGCUUGGCCUGGCGCUCUCCUGUUUCUUCUGCUGCUGCGGCUGCCAGAUAUAGCUGCCCAUGGCCUGCCCCUUGCUGUGAUUCAUGCAAGCUCCUUCUGCUUGCCAUUGGGCGUGUAAUCUUUGUACCCCCGUCCUUGUUUAUCUAAGAUGCUUAAUUCUCUAA